AUGACAAUUUUUGACGACGAUGAUGAUGCGGAGCCACAACUGAAGGUCGUUGACAACUACUAUUUUGAGAAAGCCAAGAACGAGUUUGUUUGUUUCAGCACCUUGCCCCUUAAGUUUGAUGAGAAUGAUAAAGUCUCCGGGAAGGGUAUCUACUUGCGUCGAUAUCCCGCAGAUGGCGCCCCUGCAGUAUACAAGCAGGUUGUAGCUUGGACAGUAGCACUUAACCGUGAGCAGCCAAAGAUCUCAGUGCUUUCAAGUGACGGCUAUUGGAUAGAAUUGGAUCUAUUGAAACCACGGAAAAUCUAUUGGAAGUUUGCUCGAUCAGCAUUAACGACAGUUCAAAUGCUCCACUUUGUCAAAAGGCAACCCAGAAAACUGAUGAUAAGUCUUUCUGUUCACCUCCGUGAAGUAUUCAGUAAAUUUGAAACGGAAGAGAUGGAGGAUGCUUUAGGGAAACACCAUCACAUAAUCAAGCGAUGUGCAGAGAGGGAUCCUGCUUUAAUGAGACCUAGGUUCCCGUACGUCGCGGUCGCCGGCGAGUUGCUGGCAGCCGUCCCCAUCGCGUUCGUGCGAGUCCAAGGAUGGUCAGAAAUAGAAGCCUUUGUCAAGAAAAAACUUAGCGAGCAAUGCAAGAUGUUGGCCAUACUGAGGAGGUGCAUAAGCCAAAUGUUUUUGAAGAUAUUUAUAGUCAAUGACUGGAAGAUUCUGCAAAGCUUUAUCAAGGACACUUCUGGGAAAUACUUUGAGGACAUAUUAAGGAGUCUGAGCACCAAGGAGUCAUUCAUUGUUGUUGCUGAGCCUCUUGCAAGUGGGGGUAAAGGCAAUUGCGAUACAUAUAGUGAUGGUAACAUAAUCGGUGAUGAUGGUGAUGGUACUGAGCCAAUAUGUGCAAUAUGUGACGAAGGAGGAGAAUUACUUAGCUGUAAAGGUCGAUGCAAGAGAGCCUUCCAUCCUACAAUAGAAGCUGGCAGAAAGUCUAAAUGUGUAACACUUGGUUACACUGCUGUCCAAGAAAUGAAUAAGUUCAUAUGCGAAAACUGUAGAUAUGAACAACACCAAUGUUUCAAAUGCGGAGAACUCGACUCGUCUCAUGAGCCUAAUGCCAAGGUCUUUCAAUGUUGUAAACUGUUUUGUGGCCACUUCUACCACCCCAAGUGUGCUGCAGAAUUACUUCAGUCUCACAGUAAUGGAGCCUGUGAGUUGGAGAACAAGAUUGCAGCUGGGAUGCCAUUUCCGUGUCCUGUACAUUGGUGCUCCAGACUUGAUUGUAAAAUAAUGGAGGAAGGGACUGAAAGAGCAAUGUGGCUUGCUGGCUGCAGACGUUGUCCAAGGUCAUAUCACUUAGAUUGUUUGCCAAGGGAGAUAUGCUUUAAGUAUGGUAACGGACGUAUACGUGCUUGGUUUCUAUCGGAAAGAAACCUAUCUAAAAGACUCAUCAUUUACUGCACAGACCAUGAGAUAGACCCAGCUAUGGGAACACCUUGCAGGGAUCAUAUAAAGUUCCCUGCUCUUCUAGAAAACAAAGGUCACGGUUCAACAGAAUCCACAAAGUUUCAGCACUCUGAGGAGAUCAGGGUGCAACAUGUAUUUGGGGCCAACAACCAAUGUACUUGGUGGAUUGGUGCGGCAAGUGGGGAAGUUGUUGGGCCUAGUGAAGCGUGGAGGCAUGGCCUAUGGCAUGGGGACUGGCCUCCUUGA